GGACAGAAACGCAUUUUCACUGGUUGUGUCCUUAGCGGUGCUGAAGUUUGGUGGAACAAAUCAGUAAUGUAGGCAAUUUAAAUUGUAAUACAGUUUAAAUUGGCUACAUUACUGCAUUAGUUACAAACCGUUCCUGAAUUCGGAGAACGUUAAUGAAAACCAGACUCAUCAGCGCCAUGAAGACAUAUUUUAUUCUCCUCUUUUGUAUUCAUGGAGCUUUGUCAGGGACCCAUUCUCUGCUCUACUUCUACACAGCCUCCUCAGGAAUCCCAGACUUCCCUGAGUUUGUGGACAUGGGGAUGGUGAAUGAUCAGGUCAUUAGCCGCUAUGACAGCAUCACGAAGAGGAAGGUCCCCAGGCAGAGCUGGAUGGAGAAGGUUUUUGACCAGCGGUAUUGGGAUAGCACCACAGAGGACCUGAGCGGUGCAGAGAAAGUUUUUAAAACCAACAUUCAGAUAGCACAGAAGCGUUUCAAUCAAACAGGAGGCAUACAUAUUAGCCAGGACAUGUAUGGCUGUACAUGGGAUGAUGAGACAGGAUUCACAGAAGGGUUUCACCAAAUUGGAUAUGAUGGACAAGACCUCCUGGCAUUUGACCUGAAGACAGCGACAUGGAUUGCCUCAGUCCCGCAGGCUCUCCACUCCAAAAUGAAGUGGGAAAUGGACAUGUCUAGCAUUGAGAGCAAGAAAAGCUACCUCACCCAGGAAUGCAUUGUGUGGCUGAAAAAGUAUCUGGAAUACGGGAAGACUACUCUGCAGAGGACAGUCCCUCCAUCAGUGUCUCUGCUCCAGAAGACCCCCUCCUCUCCAGUGACCUGCCACGCUACAGGUUUCUACCCCAGUGGAGUUAUGGUGUCCUGGCAGAAAGACGGACAAGAUCACCAUGAAGAUGUGAAGAAUGGAGAGACUCUCCCCAACAAUGACGGAACCUUCCAGAAAAGCACCCACCUCACAGUGACGUCUGAGGAGUGGAAGAACAACAAGUAUCAGUGUGUGGUUCAGGUCACUGGUAUCAAGAAGGACUUCAUCAAGGUUCUGACUGAGUCUGAGAUCCAGACAAACUGGGGUGACCCAGCCCCCAACAUUGUCCCCAUCAUUGGAGGGGUGGUGGCUCUCCUCCUGGUCGUUGUUGUUGUUGGGGUUGUCAUUUGGAAGAAGAAGAGCAAGAAAGGCUUUGUUCCAGCCAGCACUUCUGACACUGACUCUGAGAACUCUGGGAAAGGUGCCCAGAAGAUUUGAUAAACCUCUGCACUUCUGUAACAUCAGAGAGCUGAAGAGGACAGCAAUGUAAUGGAAACAACAGACGUUUGACUUCUCAAGAACAUAACACAUGCAUAUACUUACACACAUCAGUCUCACACACAAGCGCGCACACACACUGUAAACACAUAAUCCAAAAAGAUCUGCUGUCAGAAAUAUUCUUUGGUCAUUUCCUUAAGUUUUACUUUCAUUUAAUUGAUGGUUUGGCUUUUGAAAAGUUGUGCUGUAAUUUUGUUGAAUUAUAUAAUGUAAUAUUACCACUGUGUGAGAUGUAUCUCAAGUCAUACAGGUAUAUUAGAACCAAUGGAACACCCAGACGUACAUGUAAAUUUAAAAUGUGGAUUUAUAUUAUUCUGCAAAUAAACAAAUUAGCUUAUUUUUCCCCUAACUGAAGCCACCAAAACAAUCACAUUUAAAAUAUUAUUUUUCUGUGAACUGGAAAAACAUAAUUAUUUUGUUUGGUGUAGUUUCAUAUGUGUAUGUUUUGGUGGUAUAGGAUACAGCAAUUGUGUGACGUUAAAGCUUUGCGCACACUAACUUGUUUAAUUGUAUAACUAUAAGCUAGACAAGGCCUAUCCACAUGUUCCAUUUGUACAUAUUUCACUUGAAGUGGUGGUAUUUUUCUUUCUUUUUGGGCCAGUAGGUUCUGUAGAAUAAGUUGGUGAUGGGUCAAGUUGAACAACUUUUAUUGCAAGUGUUUGUGCUUUGUACAUUAUGGAUGCUCUACACUUAAAGCAAUGAUCUACCAAAUCUAAUGCAAGUCAAAUGUAUUGGUCACAUA